UGCGCCUCGGCCAUUUUCCCACAGACGGACUCUUUCGGAACUCAAGUUGUGGAAAUUUUUGACUUCCUGUUUUUAGCAGCUCCUUCCUCUCUAUUCCGCUGCAGUAAAAGACUUUGUAUCAAGCCGGCCGCGUUUACUCUUAUUUUCAACGCUUGCAGUUUAGCGUCAAGUGAUGCGCGGCAGGUGCGUGCGUCCUGCCCCCAAGAUGCCCCGCCCACGUCGUCAACCGUAACGACGGACGGCAGCCGGCCGACCGGCGUCCGGAGGAACUUCUUCAGCCGGGUCCGACCGAGUGGUCAAGAUCGGUUUCUGACGGCCGUCACGUCUGCGCUGAAGUCUGGGUCAUCUCUGCGGACUUUGCUGGUGACUCCGGAACAAAUCCCCGAGUUUUUCAUCCCGCCCAGCAGUCCGCGCCGCUGGACCUCGGCGGGCAGGAGCGGGCCUCUCGCCGCCCGGGACGACGACGACGACGACGGACACCGCAGUCCGGCAGGUCGGCCGCCGCCCGGGACCCCGCCCCGCCGCUCGGCGACCGUGCCGGACUCUGACUCGAACCGUGACCGUGAUGUGACGACCCGCGCGGCCUUGUCGUUGCCGCACGUGGCCAAGGUCGCGACGCCCUACGGCUUUCGUGCGGUCCUCGCAUGGAGUCCCCGCACGCGGCGCAGAGAGUCGCUGUUUCACCGAAAAGCCGACGACCCGCGGCGAUGCCUUCCUGAUGAACCACUUUUAACUUCCUGUUUCUAAUAAAUAGUUUUUAAAAAAUGA